GCGGGGCGGGGCUGCAGCGGGCUGGGCAGGACUGGCGCCCGGUGGAGGCGUGGGGCGUGUCCGUGGUCUGAAGUCAUGUUCGGCAGGUCUGGCUAUCGGGCGCUGCCCUUAGGGGAUUUUGAUCGUUUCCAGCAGUCAAGUUUCGGCUUUGUGGGUUCGCAGAAGGGCUGCUUGUCCCCAGAGCCGAGCGGCGUGGGGCCAGGGGCCGAUGCACCUGAGAGCUGGCCCUCCUGUCUCUGCCAUGGCCUCAUCAGUUUCCUGGGGUUCUUGCUUCUGCUGCUCACCUUCCCUAUUUCUGGUUGGUUUGCUCUCAAGAUUGUGCCCACCUAUGAGAGAAUGAUCGUGUUUCGACUGGGCCGGAUUCGUACCCCCCAGGGGCCUGGCAUGGUUCUUCUGCUGCCCUUCAUUGACUCCUUCCAGAGAGUGGAUCUGAGGACCCGAGCCUUCAAUGUUCCUCCUUGCAAGUUGGCCUCUAAGGAUGGGGCUGUGUUGUCUGUGGGAGCUGAUGUCCAGUUCCGCAUCUGGGACCCAGUGCUGUCUGUGAUGGCUGUGAAGGACCUAAACACAGCCACUCGAAUGACAGCCCACAAUGCCAUGACCAAGGCCCUACUCAGGAGGCCACUACAGGAGAUCCAGAUGGAGAAGCUCAAGAUUGGUGAUCAACUCCUGCUGGAGAUCAAUGAUGUGACCAGAGCUUGGGGACUGGAAGUGGACCGUGUAGAGCUGGCAGUGGAGGCUGUGCUGCAGCCACCCCAAGAUAGCCCAGCUGUGCCCAGCCUGGACAGCACCCUCCAACAGUUGGCCCUCCACUUGCUGGGUGGAAGCAUGAACUCAGCAGUAGGAGGUGCUCCAUCCCCAGGGCCAGGAGACACCUUGGAAAUGAUAAGUGAAGUGGAGCCACCUGCCUGUCAUGCUGGGGCUGGCACUGAGCCCAGCCCGAAGCAGCCUGUGGCUGAGGGGCUUCUCACUGCCCUGCAACCUUUCCUGUCAGAGGCACUGGUCAGCCAGGUUGGGGCCUGCUAUCAGUUCAACGUCAUCUUGCCCAGUGGCACCCAGAGUAUCUACUUCCUGGACCUUACUGCAGGACAAGGCAGAGUGGGACAUGGAGCACCUGAUUGCAUCCCUGAUGUGGUGGUGGAGAUGGCUGAGGCAGACCUACAGGCCUUGCUGUGCAGGGAACUGCGGCCCCUGGGGGCCUACAUGAGUGGGCGACUGAAGGUGAAGGGCGACCUAGCUGUGGUCAUGAAGCUGGAGGCUGUCCUUAGGGCCUUGAAGUAACGGUGUUGGUUGUCCAUCCAUGACCUAACCCUGAACCUGGUGCCAAGCCAGAGAAGCCUCUUGGGAUAGGAGGCAUUGGUCUGGGGCGCAGAAAAUUGAAGCCAGAAGAUGUUUCAGGUCCAACCAGGAGGCUGGGAGAAAUCUGCAGCUGGUCAGUGCUGAGUCAGGUGUCCUGUGUCCUGCGUUUUCACUACGAUGGUUCUCUGGACAGGCCUUUGCUCAUUCGAUCCCCAACAAAGCCUAGUCCUGAGCUUGCUACAGAGUGAAGACAGACAGCCCAGCCUGCCCUACCCAGCUGAUAACGUGACUGGACCGACAAGGGGCACAGAAGCAGCCUGUAUGUCACCCGUGUGAAAGACCAAAGUGUAUGGACCGUGGCUGUGACACCCAGGGAGGUCAGACAGUAGGGAAGAGCAGAGAGGGCAGCCCCCCCAGAAGGAGUUGCUGCAGUGGUGCCAGGUGGCCCCAGUUUGCUACUGGCAAGCCAGAACAGACUAGGAGGGGAGGGCAUGGACAGAGGACAGAGGAGAGUUUGUUUUUCCAGUGAGUGGGUCUGCUCCUGAAGAUACCUGGUCUCGUUCCCCAGCUCCAUCGUGCAUGCUUGAGGAGCUGGGCUCAGGGCAGCAUGUGGGAGAGCCCUGCUAUUCUGUGCUAACUAGAGGCUUGAAGAGCACCCGACAAAUAAAUGUGGAUUUACAGUG